GAGAGGUUGGCUCUGCUAGAGGGCCGUGUCCGCCAGUUAGAGCAGAGUAAUGUCGUAACUUUAGAUGUUGCGGACACAUCUGCUAGCGUUAGCUGUAGCGAGCUAACUAGCCCAGCUUGUAGCAGUCCUAAGCGGCCUACAAGCUACGGUGUACCGGUUGAGACGCAUAAUAGAUUUAGCUCUUUAGCUAGUCCUACACCCCAGUCUACCGGGCACCACACCUUAGUUAUAGGGGACUCCAUCACCCGAAACAUAAAGCUUAGCAAACCAGCCACAAUAAAGUGUAUCCCCGGGGCCAGAGCACCUGACAUUGAAGCUAAUCUUAGGGAGCUAACUCGCAACAGGCCUAGUAAACACGUACGACAGGCUAAUCGCACCACUAAUUAUGCGAAUAUAGUUGUACACGUUGGCUCCAAUGACACUAGAAUGAGACAGUCAGAGAUUACAAAGAGAAACAUAGCCAGGACUUGUGAUCUCGCCAGAAAGAUGUCCAGGCAUCGAGUAAUUGUCUCUGGCCCCCUGCCUGCGAGAGGCAAUGAUGAGAGAUAUAGCAGAUUAGUCUCGCUUAACAAGUGGUUGGCUAGCUACUGUAGGACGCAGGGACUAACGUUUAUUGAUAACUGGCCCUCUUUCUGGGGCAAACCAGGCUUGCUGAUGAGAGACGGCCUUCACCCUAACCAGGAAGGCGCCAUCAUCCUGUCUAGAAACAUAGACUACUAUUUAAGUCUCACUUGACUGACUACACUAGAGCAAGCCCGGUCACAGGCAAUUACAAUGUCUGUUAGUCCGGGUGAGGAGUCAGUUAAGCUAGAACUAGCCAGCGCCAGGCUGGAUAAUCCAUGUACGCAUAGCAAUUCUCUUAGAAUAAUACACAAUUCACAUAAUGUUUUUUCUGUUGUGUCUGUGUCAGAGGUGGACAUGCAUUCUACUGAGGUGGCAAAUUAUGAUAUGUCCAGUCUAUUGCAGCACCAAGCAAACAAUCGGAAAAUUCCCGUCAUAUCAAUUCCUAGAUAUGGUCGAAACUAUUUAAAGUGCACUACGCAUAAUAAACGCAACAUUGUUAAUAUUGCCACUACGGAUAAUCUUAACAAAAACUCGUCAAAACAGCCCAAUACCUAUAAUAUGGGCUUUUUAAACAUAAGAUCAUUGUCUCCCAAGGCGUUAUUGGUUAAUGAGGUCAUUAGAGACAACAAUCUUAACGUCAUUGGUCUUAGCGAAACCUGGCUCAAACCGGACGAAU